GACACUGUGAUUCGUAUUCCUCGUUACGAAUCGAUGCACAGCGUGCGUCAUGAAAGGUAUCACCCGAUGCCCUUACCGAAAAUGAAGAUCUAUCCGGGUCUGCGCAUCCCGCGUCUCAAAAUCGAAAAAGUCAACAGUCCCGAAGAUGUGCUAGCCAACAGGCGCGUCAAACUCUGCAUUUAUUAUGAAGGCAACAGUUUCAUGAAACAGAUCUUUCACAUACUUUACUAUUUGCGUUCAAUGGUGGAAAACGGGGAAGCAGAUGGAUGGUCAUGGAUUCAUUCACGUGAAUGCGAAGAUUCGAAAACAAACGAUUUGAUCAUUCAGUUCGAUUUAGAUCAGCAAUGGGUUAGUGAUAUGAUUUACUUCACUGGAUAUCUUGAAUGUGGCUUAGAAAGAUAUGGCCCAUAUGCGGAAGUCUGCGCGGUGAAUCUGGGCAGGCAACGCCCUUGCCGCCGUGCGAGCGUAAGGAAUUUGAAGUAG